AGUUGUGAGACUGUAGAAGCGUCGACGCGGUCCGGUGGUUCUCGCUGUCACCGCAGGUGUGAGCUUCUGGGAGGUGCUGGGAGGACCUCGGAAGCUGGGGCGGCUGGUGCCUGAGGAGAAGAUGGUGCUCUCGACCACAGUUUCCCAGAGGAAGCACAUAAAGCGGAAGGCCCCCCGCGGCUUUCUAAAGCGCGUCUUCAAGCGACAGAAGCCUCACCUUCGUCUAGAGACAAGUGGCGACUUACUGAUGCAUCUGAACUGUUUACUCUUUGUUCAUCGAUUAGCAGAAGAGUCCAGGACAAAUGCUUGUGAGAAUAAAUGUGGAAUCAUUAAAAAGGAGCAUGUACUGGCUGCAGCAAAGGUAAUUCUAAAGAAGAGCAGAGGUUAGAAGUCAAAGACCACAUUUUUGAAAAUUAUACAAUGUAUUAUUUUAAGUGGUAACAGAUUGUGAUUUUUACAUAUCAGUUAAUAUUGUAUAUUAUUAAA